UAUCCGAAAAAUUAUAUAUUUUUAAUCAACUUAUUUUCCAUAAAUUGGAAUUAAAUUGAACAAACAGAGGCCUAUGCAUCUUCUUCUACCUCUCUUUGGGUUCUUCCUUUGCCACCCCCACGACCAUAUCUCUCGCCUUUCCUCCCCUUAAAACAGGUUGUUGAAAAAAAGAGAGGAUAAAUUUAGAAUUUUCCCCCUCAAGAUCCUAAUUUAGUCAUUGAAUUUCCACUUUCCUUUUCAACACGGCCCUUUGUUUCACUUCCUUGUUUUAUCACUUUCAAAAGGAACACAGAACUCAGACGAGCCCAUUUUAAAGAUAUAAUUUUUUUUAUUCCUUUUUGGGAUGAAAAUUGAUUCUUCUUCCAAGGAAUAGACAAGAAACUAAUACCCAUUUGGCUAUUUUAUCAGCAUGGAUAAGCUUGAUUUGCUUUAGAAGGCAGCGUCGGUUUCUUCAGCAGAUCCUCCUCGCAAUUGGCUAAACUUUUUUUUGGGUGUGUUGGAUAUGUUUCUUGUUGAAUCUCCAUAGAGGAGAGAGUUUGUAUUGAAGAGUGAGGAGUCUUUGAGGUGGGAGGAGUAAUGUUGUCGAAAAAUGAUCCCAUGGAAUCGUUUUCAAAUUCGAUUCAAUUUGUAAAGGAAACACUUUUACCUUUUGAAUUGGGCAUUAAGAAAACUGCAAAAGAUGUUGAAAGUUGUUUUGGGGUGUUAAAUGAUAAAGGAAAUAACAUUGAAUUGAUUUCCCAAUCUAAUGGUAGUGAUAGGAAGGGUAAGAUUCAAAUCUUUGGUAUGAAGAAGAGAAAUGAUAGGUUUGGUACUGGUGCUAACGAAGGGCAGUGUUGUGUUGGUAGUGAAGAGAGGAAAAAAGGUCUACCUAUUAAAGCUCCCGUCAAGGCGUUUAUAGGAAUGUUUUCGCCUGCAAAUGACAAGAACAGUGAGAAGGUUGACGUGGUUAGGAAAGGAUUGAAAGAAAAGGACGCGGAUAGAGAUGAAGGGUCUUGCAUGAAUUGCUUUCGGUUUGCGAUUACUUGGUCAAUGUUGAUCAACAGUUUUGUCCAGGCUUUACCAAACUCAUUUAACUCCGGUAGGAAAAGAAUUCAGAGAAUGGAUGACAAAGAUAAAGGGUGUCGACAUCCAUGUACUCAUGAUGUGAAAUCAAAGGCCCCAGUUGAGUGUAAGCAUAGUGAGGCAAGGGCUAAGUUUAGUGCAAAGAAUGAGGGUUUGGAACAUAAUGAUGGGAGAUAUGCACCAUUCGAAUGUUUUAUAGGGCUUAUUCUUGAUCAAUUGACUCAAAAUCUUGAUCAGAAAAGUAAACAAAUGCAUGGUGAUUGUCCCCGGACUCAAUCUCUACCCCCUUUCUUCGAUUACUUUAAAUCAGUGGCAAGUGUUUGGGAAGGUCAAAAAGUUGAUGUAAAUGGGUUUUUGGGAAAUUUGAAGUUUGCUAGAGUGGGAGGUGUUCCAUCAGGUAUGGUCAGAGUUGCCUCUCAAGUGAACGAAGAAGGUGAUGAUGGUGUUAGCACUGGGAGUAGGGAAGAAACAGCUAGUAAUUCCCCACAGAAGCUGGCGAGUGGGAUACUUAGCAUUCCUCUAUCAAAUGUGGAGCGUUUGAAAUCCACCUUAUCCACUGUCUCACUGACGGAACUGAUUGAGCUUCUACCACUUUUGGGUCGCUCUUCACAAGAUCAUCCUGACAAGAAGAAAUUAUUCUCUGUUCAGGAUUUCUUCAGAUACACAGAGUCUGAAGGGAGGAGGUUCUUUGAAGAAUUGGAUAGAGAUGGUGAUGGACAAGUAACCUUAGAUGAUCUUGAAGUUGCUAUGAGAAAAAGAAAAUUGCCACAUAGAUAUGCUCGGGAAUUCAUGCGCCGCACGAGAAGUCAUUUAUUUUCAAAAUCAUUCAAUUGGAAGCAGUUUUUGUCUUUGAUGGAACAGAAGGAGCCAACUAUACUUCGAGCCUACACUUCUCUCUGUUUAAGCAAGUCUGGGACCCUCCAAAAAAGUGAAAUAUUGGCAUCACUUAAAAACGCUGGACUUCCUGCAAAUGAAGACAAUGCUGUUGCUAUGAUGCGAUUUUUGAAUGCAGAUACUGAAGAAUCUAUUUCAUAUGGACACUUCCGCAAUUUUAUGCUUUUGUUGCCUUCCGAUCGCCUACUUAAAGAUGAUCCUCGGAAUAUCUGGUUUGAAGCUGCAACUGUUGUUGCUGUUGCACCACCUGUGGAAAUACAUACUGGAAGUGUUCUUAAAUCUGCAUUGGCUGGGGGUCUUGCGUGUGCACUCUCCACAUCUUUACUGCACCCAGUUGAUACUAUAAAGACUCGGGUGCAAGCAUCAACCCUGACCUUCCCAGAAAUUAUUUCAAAGCUUCCACAAAUUGGAGUACAUGGGUUAUAUAGGGGUUCAAUCCCUGCAAUUCUUGGACAGUUUUCGAGCCAUGGCCUGCGAACAGGAAUAUUUGAAGCAAGUAAGCUUGUAUUGAUCAAUGUUGCUCCAAAUCUCCCAGACAUCCAGGUUCAAUCCAUGGCAUCAUUCUGCAGCACACUCUUAGGAACAGCAGUGCGGAUUCCUUGUGAGGUACUAAAGCAACGUUUGCAGGCUGGCCUUUUUGACAAUGUUGGAGAAGCUCUUGUUGCUACUUGGAACCAGGAUGGUCUGAAAGGUUUUUUCCGUGGAACCGGGGCCACUCUUUGUCGUGAGGUGCCAUUUUAUGUUGCUGGGAUGGGCCUCUAUGCCGAAUCCAAAAAGCUUGCCCAACAACUUCUCCAACGGGAACUGGAACCGUGGGAAACCAUUGCUGUGGGAGCUUUAUCCGGAGGGUUAGCUGCAGUUGUCACUACGCCUUUUGAUGUCAUGAAAACUAGAAUGAUGACUGCUCCAGGGGGCCGACCCAUAUCGAUGUCAGUGAUAGCCUUUUCUAUACUCCGACACGAGGGACCUCUUGGUCUCUUUAAAGGAGCAGUACCCCGGUUUUUUUGGAUUGCACCCUUAGGUGCCAUGAACUUUGCCGGCUACGAGUUGGCAAGGAAGGCCAUGGUCAAAAAUGAAGAAGCGGCUAUGGAUCAACUCUCCCAAAAGAAAUUGGCUAAAAUAUAAGUAGGCUACAAAUACUUCGAAGGUGAAGAACAUAAUCUAGAGAUGGCCUCUGGAUUUUUUUUGUUGGUAGUCAAAACAAACUUGACGCUGUUGUAAAAUUGUGCUCUUGGGGUAUGGUUGCAACUUCUUCAAAUUUAAUUUGUCAACACCGCCUUUUUUUAUUUGCUAAGAACAUUGUAUUUCUCUUGCAGUUCACAUAUUUUGUAACCGUGACUUCUCUUUUUAUCUGUAUUUAGCCUGGAUGAUUGGUUGAUCA